CAAAUGCCAAACAUCCUACACCAACCCAAAAAAUUUGUCUAUUUUUUAUUUGGUUAACUAUAGUCCCUCUCACUCUCUCCCAACCUUUAGCACUUUGUAGUGAAGAAAAUAAACAAAAAAGAAGAGAAGGUAUGUGCAAUCCCAAGCCGUCUUCACCUUCCUCCUUUAUUCCUACCAAUAAAAACCAUUUCAUAAACCCCAACAAAACCACGGUCGUUGUUGAUGAUGAAGACGACCUGGAUAGAUGGCCGAAUAUCUCCGAGGGCGUUGAAGAAAUGAAGGAGAUAGGGAAGAUAUCAUGCCCAACGGCGAUGACAGGGCUUAUACUAUACUCACGAGCCAUGAUAUCAAUGCUAUUCCUGGGUUACCUGGGCGAGCUGGAGCUGGCCGGUGGGUCCCUGUCGAUCGGCGUGGCGAACAUCACCGGGUACUCCGUUAUCUCCGGGCUGGCCAUGGGCAUGGAGCCCAUCUGCGGGCAAGCCUACGGCGCGAAGCAGAUGAAGCUACUGGGGCUGACCCUGCAGCGCACGGUGCUCCUCCUGCUCUCCACCUCCAUCCCCAUCUCCCUCAUGUGGCUCAACAUGAAGCGCAUGCUCCUGUGGUGCAACCAAGACGAGGAGAUCUCCUCCGUGGCCCACACCUUCAUCGUCUUCGCUAUCCCUGACCUCUUCUUCCUCUCCCUCCUCCACCCUCUCCGGAUCUAUCUCCGCACCCAGAGCAUCACAUUGCCCCUCACCUACUGCUCCUGCGCCUCCGUCCUGCUCCACGUCCCCCUCAAUUUCCUCCUCGUCAACUACUUCCACAUGGGCGUCGCCGGCGUCGCCCUUGCAAUGGCGCUCACCAACCUCAACCUCGUGCUGCUCCUCUGCUCCUACGUCUACUUCUCCGGCGUCCACAGGGCCUCCUGGGUCUCCCCCUCCCUCGACUGCCUCCGCGGCUGGCCCUCCCUGCUCUCCCUCUCCGUCCCCACCUGCGUCUCCGUCUGCCUCGAGUGGUGGUGGUACGAGCUCAUGAUAAUGCUCUGCGGCCUCCUCCCCAACCCCAAGGCCACCAUUGCCUCCAUGGGGAUCCUCAUUCAGACCACCUCCUUCAUCUACGUCUUCCCCUCCUCCCUCAGCCUCGCCGUCUCCAUCCGGGUCGGCAACGAGCUCGGCGCCAGCCGUCCCGCCAGGGCGCGCCGCGCCGCCGCCGUCUCGCUCGUCUGCGCCGCCGGCCUGGGCGUCGCGGCCAUGGCCUUCGCCACGCUCAUGCGGGGCCGCUGGGGGCGCCUCUUCACCGACGACGGGGCCAUCCUCGAGCUCACCGCCGCGGCAUUGCCGAUCGCCGGCCUCUGCGAGCUCGGGAACUGCCCGCAGACCACCGGCUGCGGCGUGCUGCGGGGCAGCGCAAGGCCGACGGUGGGGGCGAAUAUCAACCUGGGCUCGUUCUACUUGGUGGGGAUGCCGGUGGCCUUCGUCAUGGGGUUUUGGCUCGAGAUGGGCUUCGCCGGCCUGUGGAUCGGCCUGCUGGCGGCGCAGGCGUCGUGCGCGCUGCUCAUGCUGCUCGUGCUCAGCCGCACCGACUGGAGGGCGCAGGUGGAGAGGGCCAGAGAACUCACCACCGCCACCGCCGCCACCGCCACCACUCAGAAUUGUUUGCCGCUUUCCACAGCGGAAAUGGCCACCAUUGAUAAAAAGAGUCAUGUGCAUAAUCUUGAUGAGAUCUUAUGUGCUAACGCUGUCGAAACGGAUCCUCUCAUCAUCGCUACUACACAAACUCCGCAUUGAAUUAGGGUAGCUUCAUUUUUUUUUUCUCUGUUUUUUUUUUUUGUUUUUUUUUUUGUUUAAGGGUACGUCAUGAUGAGGAGAGGCUUUGUGAAAAAUUCUUGAAUUGAACUAGUAGUACUUGCUAGCUAGUGUUUUGGGUUUGUACCGUUUUACAGUGUAGAGAUGUUUUAUUCUGAUA